AUGGCUAUCAUCGUGACUCUCCCCAACGAGUACGGCUACGUCCUCCUAGCCACCGUCUCCACCUUCUUUAUCAACAUCUUCCACUCCAUCAACACCGGCAAGCAGCGCAAGGCCUCGGGCGUCAAGUAUCCCGCCGCCUAUGCCUCUCAGGAGGUAGCCGAGAAGGACCCCAAGGCAAAAGCCUUUAACUGCGCCCAACGCGCCCACGCAAAUUUCACCGAAAACCUCACCCCCGCCAUCGGCGCCAUGCUCAUCGCGGGUCUCAAGUACCCCGUGCUCGCCGGCGCGCUGGGCGGCCUGUGGAGCUUGAGCAGGGUGUUCUACGCCAUUGGCUACACCAAGGGAGGCCCCCAGGCCCGCACCAAGUUCGGCAUUAUCAGCUCGGUGGGCUUGUUGACGCUUAAGUUGACGGCGGCGUAUACAGCUGUGCAGAUGGCUUUUUACUAA